GGGAAGACACAGUAGAUAGUCACAAUUGGCGCCCAGCUAUAACACACGAAAGGCGGUGGGAGAGUACACAAUUGGAUUCCUUCCAUUUGUGUAAAAUCCUAGCAUUGUUUUCGCCAAUCAGUGUCGUGUAAUUUCUUUCAACGAGUGAAGAGACAAUUAUUGAAUUGAUAUCGGUUCGAAAAAGUGCAAUAAAAAACAGACCAUUGUCAAAAAGCACUUCACAAAGCAGUUCAAUUCUGUUCAAAAAACGAUUGAUCGACACAGAAACAAUAGGGAGGAAUUAUUCGACAAUUGAUUGCUGAAAAGUUGUGAUAAAAGCCAUUGAAACACGGUAACAGCCAAACUCCAUUUUAUUUUCUAACAAUAAUUGUUCGUAAAACUAGUGAAUAUUUUUAACUGUAUAUAUAUAUUUCUAUUUGGUAUAAUUGUGAUCUUUUAAGAUAUUUUGUGCUAGUAAAUUGGUGUGUUGUAAUCGUGAAUGAUAAAUUGAAAUUUUGAUAUAAAUAUAAUAAAUAGUGUAUUGUUCUUUCUUUAAUUCUAAAUUAUUUUUUUUUGUUGAUCGAGUGUUGAUUGUGGGUAAAAAUGAAUUCAGAAUAUGUACUGCAAUACCGUUCGAUGAAUGUAGAUCACCUACUAGUCGAUGAAAUUGAAUAUGAACUAGAAGUGCGUCAGGUUCCAUUCACAGAAUCGGAAUCUCGUGAUGUGAAGAAACGGAAACUACGAACAAUUCUGAAAGAACAGAGGGAAUCAAAUAAUUUUGAAUUGACUUCGUGCGAAUCUCAGGAAGAAUGUGAAAAAGAAAAUCAAUUACUGAUCGAAAAAAUUGCUAAAAUACAACAUCAAUUAGAAAGUAGUAAAACAAAACGAGUAGAUUUGCCACCAAUCAAAACCAGAUUGAUUCAUUUGUAUUUCCGAGUUAAUCGGUUGAAGAAGAACUUUGAUACAGAAGGGUUAGAAGCAAUAGCUCUAAAACUUUUGAAUGAUUAUUUUUCACUUUUGUCCGCGGACGUUGAAGCUAGAAAGCGUACGGAAGAAACAAUAUUGGAUCAAAUGAAUAAUUUGAGUGUACGAGAGCAGUUGCUAGAACAAGGAAAUGAUACAGAAGAGCAGGAAAACUCUGGUGGUAGUGAAGAAGACGAACCGGAUCCAUCAGUGAGUUCACAAAAGAACAAAAGAAGAAGUGCUCUACAGAAGAAAACUGAUCACGACUUCAUUGAAUCGCAGGAAAUUUUCAAAAAAUUAGUAAAGCAUAUUGAUCGUUACAUAGAAUCUAAAUUGGUGCAAGAAGACCCUUUGAAAGUUAGCGGUUUAUCGCCUAGAAGGCCGAAGAAAACAAAUGGAAAGAUAAAAAAAGAAGAAAAAUGUUAUUGUAGCAAAAAGGGGAAACCAGGGAAAAUUUCGAAGAAAAAGAUACACGGUUCCGACGGAGAAAGCAGUGAUGACAGAAGUAACUCUGAGGAUGAUAGCGAUAUUUCAGAAGCUCCGAAGAGGAGACCUCGUUCAGUAGCAGAUUGGAAGAUGAAAUAUGAUGGAAAGGAUGAAGGGAAAAAGUUGAAUAAGUUCAUUGUGGAAGUAGAAUUCAUGGCAGAUGCAGAGAACAUGAGCAAAAAAGCUCUUUUCAAAGAGGCAAUUCAUUUGUUCUCCGGUGACGCUAGAACAUGGUAUAUAGAAGGAAAAACGAAUAGGAAUUUUAGAAGCUGGAAUGAACUGGUCAUAGAUCUCAAACAAGAAUUUCAACCUCCAGAUAUGGACUUCCACUAUGAACAACAAGCUGCUCAACGGAGACAGAGAAGAUCUGAGACGUUCAUAGAUUAUUAUCAUGCUGUAAUGGAAAUAUUUGAUUACAUGGCCAUACCUCCCACUGAGCAAAGAAAAUUUGAUAUAAUCUUCAGAAAUCUCAGAUCAGAUUACAAAAAUGCUUUGGUCAUCAAAGGCAUAAGAACAUUGCAUUCAUUGAAGCAAUGGGGUAAAAAGUUGGACUCAGCAAAUAUGUGGAUGUAUCGAAAUAGAGAUUUAGAAACAGGAACAAACAAGUUCAUGAAUUGUCUACUUCUCCAUUUCAAAAAAACAAACCACUAGAAAAAGCCUGGAAACCGAAGGAAUUUACGAAAAAUACCUGGAAUUCAGCAAAACAACCAGUGCAAUCGUACGCCAUAAAAAGGCCCAACGAAGAAAGAACCCAACAAGGAUCGAGUCAGGGGGACUUGCAGAAACGCGUGGAGAAUUAUAGAAUUCCAGACAAAUUAACAUGUUUUAACUGCAGAGGAAAAUACCAUCAUUUCAAAAACUGCCUAAGAGAAAAGGAAGUCUUCUGCACCGUGUGUGGAUUCCAUGAUUUUAACAGAGAAAAGUGUCCUUUUUGUACAAAAAACCAGCGAAGUUCGAUGUAGGAGGUCGUCGAAACAAGCAAGGAAAACCUCCCACUAUUUUCAUUUCAUUUAACUAUAAUGUUGGCGAAUUGAAAAUUCAUGUAGAUGGUGAUAAUCGUCCGUUUGCUAGAGUAGCAGUGAUGGGAGUGGAAUUAAUUGGUUUAUUGGACAGUGGCGCACAGGUGUCAGUCCUAGGAACGGGGAGUACCCACUUAGUGGAAAAAUUAC